CUAUUGGAGGAAAGAGCGCAAAAGAAUUCCGCGGCCGCCCCAUUAUCUCACCCAACGCAUUAGCUAGGCGUCCCUCUUCUCUCCUGUCCGAAAGAGAUCUACCGCCUACCCCAGUUCGCCUUUUCUUGGUGCCCUCGUCCGCCGAUGGCAUCUGCCCCGCCGCCCAUCCUCCCCGUUUCCACGGCCGGCGGCGGCAGUGCCCCCUCCUCCGCCCCGCCGAUCUCCGUCCCCGCCCUCCGCCUCUUCCUUUCCCGGUUAUCCGACUCCGCCCGCCGCUCCCUCGCCCACCGUCGUCCCUGGUAUGAGCUCUUCGAUCGCUCCGCCUUCGCCCGGCCGGAUUCCCUCUCCGAUGCCGCCUCCCGCCUCCGCAAAAACCUGGCCUACUUCCGUGUCAACUACCUCGCCCUCCUCGCCGCCGCCCUCGCCCUCUCCCUCCUCUCCCACCCUUUCUCUCUCCUUCUCCUCGUCGCCCUCCUUGCGGCCUGGGCCUUCCUCUACCUCUUCCGCCCUUCCGACGCCCCCCCCCUCAUUCUCUUCCACCGCUCCUUUUCCGAUCGGGAGAUCCUCGCCGGCCUCGUCCUUGUCACCCUCCUUGUCGUCUUCCUCACCUCCGUCGGAUCCCUUAUCGUCUCCGCCCUAAUGGUUGGCGCAGCCGUCGUCUGCGUUCACGGGGCCUUACGGGUGCCCGAGGACCUCUUCCUCGACGAUCAGGACCCCGGGGUUCCCGCCAGCGGCUUCCUGUCCUUCCUUGGCGGAGCAGCCGCUUCUUCCGGGCCCUCCGUUCGCAUCUGAUGUGGAUCCGAUGAUGAUCUUUUCGUAAGACACGGCAUGCUCGAUUGGGGCUUGAGUUUGCGGCAUCGGUAAACAUAGUAAUUAUUGGAUUUAGGAUUUCUUUUGUUCUCUCAAUUUUCGUCUGUGACCUAAUAUUUCAAGAUUGGACUCGAUUGGGAGCACGUAGAAUACUGGAUCUGUGUAUCUGAUUUCGGGUGAACGAUGCUAUAACUGUGUUGUUCUCUUAUUUGUUGUAGAUCUACUGAAGAAUGCUGUUGAUCUUAAGCUCUUUUAAUGUCAUUCAUCUCAAUGAAGUUUUCUUUUACC